UUGGUGACGUAUCGCCUUUAUAGGAAAGAAGAAUUCGACAAGUGGUUCAUUAAAACUGCCACGGAUAUGAGGAGACAAAUGGAGGCACAAAGAGAAACGAUGAGAGAGGAGAUAAAAAUCAAUUUCGAUUCGGUAAAGGUUAAGUGCAUCGAAGACUACCUCGAGGCCAUUAGAGCCUUGGAAAAAGAGUACGAAGAGAAAAUACAGAAAUGUUCGUCUUUUUAUACGGAGCAAACGAAAAUCGAAUACGAGAACACUAUUCCCCACGUUUCCGCAAGAACCGAUGCAAAGAAGACCAAAAGAAAGCUCAUUGUCACUUUCAGAAACUUUGGUUGGUUUCUGCGGCAUGGAGAACGGUUGAUCUUCCCUUGGACUACAGUUGAGCAGUGCCACAGUUUGGAUGCUUUGGCCACUUCGAUAUACGAAAGCCAGUUCAUUCCGUCAAAAGUCCUCAACGCUUCAAGACCUUAA